AUCGAGUAAAAUCCAUCCGGCAACAUCGCAAAUAUAUUGUGAAACGUCAACUGUAUUCCUAAAGUAAAAUAAAUGUAAAUAUCAAAAUGUUUCAUUGUCGUCAGAAUCAAUUAAUUGCGAGAUAAAGGAAAAUUUGCUAAGCAGAACGUCCCCAACAAACGCAAAAAAUCAAUUUUGGCUAUGAAUAAUGCAAAAAAAUUGAGAAAGGAAACCCCAAGCUUGAGAAAUAACCUGUGCAAUGGUCGCAUCGUGGGAUUACGAGAGUUGGGAAAACAUUUAAAAUGUUGCUUGUGUGAAAGAGUUCUUUCUCUUGAAAAUAUUACAAAUGAAACACGAAAGGGCCUUUAUUCAAUUUUAAAUGUUAAAUGUAAUCAAUGUAAUAUUGAAACUAUAGUACCUACGGACAAAGUUCAUGCAACAAAAAGUGAAGUUAAGCAUUCAGAUGUCAACACCAAAGCAGUUCUAGACCGUUUGGCGAUUAUAAGAAACUUCAAUGAAUUGAAAUCGCAUAAUGAGCAGAGCUUGUAUUUAGCAGGUCUCAUUUCGCACGAACCAGUUAAAAGACGUCGUCAAAGAGAAGCUAACGAUGAAGAUGUAAUCUAUCAUUCUUUCUUCUACAAAUAUAAGGUUAGAGUGAUGCGGGAAAACGGUACCCAAGAAAUUCCUAUUUGCUACAAGGCAAUGCUCUCACUACAUGGAAUAUCAGCAAAGCGCCUUCAAAAUAUUCAACAAAAGCUUGUUAAAGAUGGACAUGCUGGUGAAGAUUGUCGGGGUCGACAUACCAAUCGGCCAAAUAAGCUAGAUAAAAAACAACCGAUGCAGUCUGUGGUCAUAUUCGGUCAUUUAAAGGCUUCAAAUUCAUCUGCACUAGAUAUGAAUCAACAACUUCAUCUUAAGAAGACUGAGUCUUUUAACCAAAGAAAACGACCCGAACGCAAGAGAGCUCAACAAUACGGUCAUAUUGAAGCCAUUGCCAUGGACUAUCAAAAAAACUUGCAACUGCCCAACAUUAGCACUAAUGACGUAUACUACAAAAAGCAAUAA